AAUAGAUAUUAUAACGCUGUUGAUUUGUAACUAGUAACAUUGCUGUGAUUUUCGCAUCCGAUACAAAUGAAAUUCUUAAUUUAUUGUGUUUUGCUAGUUUUUGUAGUGCUCAAUGUUAAUGUUUGUGGGGUAAUUCCGUUUUCUACAAAUGAACUAAUUGUGGAUUUGGUAACUCCUAAAGGAAAAAUUUUGGGUCAUACACUUCAAAGUUUUAAUGGUAACGAAUAUUAUGCUUUCCAAGAAAUCCCGUAUGCUGCUCCUCCAAUAGGAAACCUGCGGUAUCAGCUACCUCAAAAUCAUAAAGGAUGGACCGGAGUAUUAAACUGUACAAACAAUACAAAAGUAUGUCCACAGCCUCAAUCAACUUACCUCGACCAAGAUGAAGAUUGUCUCUUCGUUAAUGUUUAUACCCCUGUAAAACCGGGUUCUUAUAUCUUUUUACCUGUAUAUGUAUGGAUUCACGGUGGUGGAUACGCAGUUUGGGAUGGUGGAUUCCAAAGGUAUAAUCCAUCAUAUCUAAUAGAUCAUAACAUGGUUAUCGUUACCUUAAACUAUAGACUAGGUGCUUUAGGUUUUUUGGCCACAGAUGAUUGUGUAUUACCUGGAAAUUUAGGUCUAAGAGAUCAAAAUUUUGCACUAAAAUGGGUAUCAGAAAAUAUUCAUCUAUUUGGUGGAGAUUCCUCCAAAGUUACUAUCGGGGGUGAGAGUGCUGGUUCAAGUUCAGUUGGUGACCACAUUUUAAGCAAAAUGAGCAAAGGUUUAUUUAGAGGAGCAAUUCAAGAAAGCGGAAGCUCUUUAUCCUAUUAUAACUUUGUACCCAGCCCUAGUGUUUAUGCAUAUAAAUUGGGUCAAAUUCUAGAUAACUCAAUUAAUCCACAAACAACAAAUACAUCAGAACUAUUGGAUUUUCUCAAAAAAGCAGAAGUUACCGAUAUAAUAACAGCAUCAGUGCAGGUUCCCCCUUUGGCAACAGGAGGAAUGCUAAUUAAUGAUCUGAUAUGGGCUCCCACAUUGGAAAAAAAUUGCACUGUAGAACCAUUUCUUUCUGAACCUAUGCACGAAGCGUUUAUUAAUGGAGAUUUUAAUCGAGUUCCUCUCUUAAUUGGUUUUAAUUCAGAAGAGAUGCUGUAUUUUACACCGCCAUCCAUAACAACCAUUGCAUUUAAAGUUCCGACCUGGGAAGACUUUAAUAAAUUAGCAGAAAAUCUGGAUCACAACAAUGAGGAUAUUGCACAUGUUGAACUUGAUGUACUUGAUUCAAAACGAGCUAAAGUGUGUGAACAAAUCAAACACCUGUAUACAAAUUCUUCAUUUUUAGAUAAUCCGUAUGCUUAUGUAAGAAUUUCCAGUGAUCUCUAUUUUAUUCAGGCAAUCAUACGGCAAGCUGAGACAUCAUCAAAAUUUAUACCGGUCUACAUGUAUGAGUUUGAUUAUACCGCAGAUGACUUGUUCCCCUUUCCAGGAACUCCACAUACUGAAGAACUUAGAUAUAUGUGGAAAAAUGUAGAAGAUCUUCCAUUUAACAAUACCUUUCAACCAAUAUUGCAAGAUCGAAUGUGUACACUUUGGUCUAAUUUCAUUAUUCAUCAGAAUCCCACACCAUCAAGAGACUCUAAAUUAUUAAAUCUUGUAUGGCCAACUGUAAAACCAUCUAGCAUCAACUACGUUAACAUAAAUAAAAAGUUUAAAAUAUAUUCAAAUCCAAGGCAAUACCUUCAUAUUAAGAAUAUCCUUCUAAAAUAUUUACAGCAACCUAGGAUAGUUUACUGAUGUAUACAAACUUUUGCAAAUAAAAUACUCCUGCAUUUUUAA